AUGUUAUAUGUAAUAGUAACGGCUCGCAGUUUGCUAUGGAUGCUCACGAGUCUUUUUUCAACGCUGCUGAUGUUAAGUGCCUUCCUCAGUCCAUCCUGGCUUCUUGCCGCACCUGAAACAGUUCAAUUCGGAAACGAAACAGUAACUUAUCGACCUAGCGUGGGAGUAUAUGCCAAAUGUAGCAAGCCGAUUGGUUUCGAAUAUCCAGUUUGUACACUCUUGGCCUUGAGAGGUCUAGCAACUGAAUCACAUAUCUACCCGGUACCUUGGAAGGCUGCGACUGUGUUCUUAGCUUUAGGUUUAGCAAUUAUGACACUGACGGUAUGUACGGGUCUAUUAAGUUGCUGUUUUCAAAGCAUCUUCAAGAAGAGCAUAUUUAAUUUAUCUGGGGUAGCCCAAGCUAUUGCAGGUAUCUCCUAUAUAAUAGGCGUGAUGUUACACCCUAUGGCAUGGGGUAGUCAAAGAGUUCAAAAGCUGUGUGGAAGAGAUGCAUCUGCCUUUUACCCAAACGACUGCAGUCUAGGUAUAGGACUUUGGUUAGCCAUUACAGCGACACUACUUACUUUUGUAUGUUCGUGUUUAUCCAUGUCUGCAGAGAAAUCAACCAGUAGCGAUAAAGUUCAAGACAAAAUUUAUGAAGGACAGACACUAAUUUGUUUGACUUAA